UUACGUAAUCGCGGUAUAAUCUAAGCGUCGUUCAUGUGACACGUGCCGCGCACUACUGCGAAGAAUGCGGCUGCGCCGUAAUCUGUCGUAGUCCCUCUUCCCUUUGUUUCAAAAUAUUUUUUUAUCUACAGAGAUGACCGCUCCGCCGCUCAAAACUAUAGGCGCUCCGCUUUCAACUACAGCUGUUUUAUCGCUAGCUUCACGUUACUAUCGCCGCGAAGGACGCACCCUCGUUCCCACGCCGUCUCCGUCCUCGGAAAAAUUGAGGCACUACCCGCCUGAGCGGGGCUCCCUCCGUCUCGGUGGGCCGAACUAUGAGCUGCAAGACCACGUGCCUUCAAGAUCCGGAGCCAUCGGGGGACUGGGACUUGGAGGACGUCUGCACGGUGCUGGGCGCGAUUCUGCUGCUGCUGGUGGGGGCGGUCGGCGUGCCGCUCUGCUUCUACUGGGAUAGCCGCUGCGUGCUGCUCACAAUCGGCUCGCUCGUGGCGCUGUGCAUCAUGGCGCGCGUGGUGCACGAGCGCCGCACAGCUGCCUACCACGUGCGGCACCGCUGGCUCUCGCUCACCACCUCGUUCUUGGUCCAGCACAGCCCGCCGGAGAGAGAGCCCCUCACCUCAUCCAGGGUCACCUACAGUGUCUGAACUUCCAUGCCUCGUCUGGCCUUCAACGGAGUGUGAGGGUUCGCCCUUUCCACCUUGCCUUUAUUCAUCCCUUUCGGGAAAGUGCUGAUGAGGGACUGCCAGAAUGCUCUGACUGGAGCAUUUCCCUAUCUCGGCAUCGUCUCUAGCUCUGCCAGAGGUAACAGUCCUGUACAGUGACGCUAUAGAGCGCAUCAAAUUUCACAUCCCCUGAUGAGGGAUUUUACACACCUCAUCUUUCUAUGGUCAGAGCUGCUUCCACUUCGUUUUCAAAUCUCCACAACUCAUUUUUUAGUCUACGGAAUGCCUCAAGACGCGUAAGGGCACAGAAGAAGAAAAUGGGAGGAAGUGAGAAAUUAUAUGCAAUUCCACUUUUUUUUUUUCAGUACACUCUAUGUGAGUGCUCAUUUUGUGGACAGUUCAUGGAGGUGUGCAAUACCUCACCGUCUCGAGAUACAUUGCUACACACAGCUUUCGCAUUUUACACCCUAAUAACCAAAGCUACCUCCGACUGUUCGUCACACUACUUAGCGGUGCUCUUUUUAAACUUCAUUUAUGUGUCAUGGCCGCUCACGAUACAUACAUAAUAAAUCGUGCAUUUCAUAAUCGCCACCAAUUGGGACAACUUCUCAGUCAUUACUCACACGCUUCAAAAUCGCACUCUUGGCUAUUUUAAUUCCACUUCAAAAAAUCUCGCCACUUUAAACUGAGCUGUAUAGGCAUAAAUAUUUAUUGCGAGCAUUUUAAAGUUUUUAUCUUAUUUUUAUUUCUGAAAGCACUUCUAUGCCUCUCCUUGUCACGUGUUACUGAUUUAUACGCAAUAAAAAUAGGCGGGAGAGGGUAGAAGCAGAGCAAUAAAUUACAGGUUUUAUUGU